AUGGUCCAAAAGAAAGCCCAGAAGAAGUUCGAGCGCGAGCAUCUGAAAGAUGUUCUGGAACGGCGAAAAGGCCAAAAGAAAACGAAGCAGCAACAACAGCUAAAGGCCAAGAAGAAGGCGCGCCGCGCUGAAGAGGAAGGCAAGGAUGGAAAGACGGAUGCGGACGCGGGCUCAGCUCAAAGUGGGAGAAAAGAGGCGAGCGCGAGCGCGUUCAAGGACAUGAGCGUCGACGACUUCUUUCAGGGCGGCUUCGACGUGCCCGAGCUGCCGGCCGAAAAGGCCAGCAAGCGCAAGCGCACGCCUGCGAAAGCGGAGGUUGAGGAGGAUGACGAAGAACUAUCCUCCGCAUCGGAGGACUCUAUGGAUCGUGAGGCGGUGCCCCGUGGUAGCGACUCGGGCUCUGACUCGGAAGACGGCGAGGAUUUCAACGAGCAAUUACAGGCGCUGGCGAAACGAGAUCCCGAAUUCCACAAAGUGCUGCAGAAGGAGGAACCUGACAUGUUUGACGACUUGGACGAUCUGCAGAUCAGCGGCGAUGAAGAGGGAGAAGACGAGCCCAAGCGGAAGAAGCAGCGACACGAAGGCUCCGACGAUGAGAUGGGUGGGUCUGGCAAGAUCGAAUUGGACAUGGCGACAGUCAAGAAAUGGCGGACGGGAAUGGUCGAACAACAAUCCCUACGGGCCGCCAAGGAAGUUGUCAUCGCUUUCCGCUCCGCUGCACAGGUCUCCUCUGCCGACGCGGAAGACAAGGACUUCAAAUACGCGGUGUCCAAUCCGGACGUAUACCACGCGCUCCUCACCACCGCAUUGAAGCACAUUCCAGAUAUAUUCGAGCAUCAUCUACCUGUGCAGGAGAACAAGAAUGGCAAGGCGCAUGUUGGCACCGAGUCGAAGAAGUUCAAAACGCUCACCCCUAUCCUUCGCUCUCAGAUCUCCGGAAUCCUACACCUACUGGACCAUCUCUCAGACCCGGCAACACUACGACUCACACUCACAUCCACUCUGCCACUCCUACCAUAUCUCCUAUCAUUCAAGAAGCUUGUUCGAGACCUUGCCAAAGCCGUUACUAAUGUAUGGGCGUCGUCAUCAAACACGGAGAGCACCCGCAUUGCUGCAUUCUUGGUGAUGCGCCGCCUCGUGGUCAUUGGAGAUGCCAGCAUCCGGGAGAACGCGUUCAAGGCCAUCUACCAGGCACUGGUGAAGAGCAGCCGCAAUACGACUAUUCACACAAUGCCAGGCGUGAACCUGAUGAAGAAUUCGGCCGCAGAGCUUUGGGGCUUGGUUGGAGGAGAUGGUGGGGUGGCAUAUACCACUGCCUUUACUUUCAUCAGAAGUCUUGCGAUCCAUCUGCGCGGUAGCAUCACAAACAACUCUGGUGAAAGCUACAAGACGGUCUACAACUGGCAGUACGUUCACAGCCUCGACUUCUGGAGCAGAGUGUUGGCUGCUCAUUGUACCGAGCCAACCUCACCACUGCGACCUCUCAUCUACCCGCUAGUACAGGUCACACUUGGUGCUCUCCGAUUGAUUCCCACCGCUACCUACUUUCCGCUUCGUUUCCAGCUCAUCCGUUCACUGCUCCGUGUCAGCAUGGCUACUGGAACAUACAUUCCCCUCGCAGCGCCUCUGUAUGAAGUGUUCAACAGUGCAGAAAUGCGAAGAGCGCCUAAGCCUGGAACUCUCAAGCCUUUGGACUUUAGCAUCGCCAUCCGAGCACCCAAAUCCUAUCUUCGUACGCGUAUCUACCAAGAUGGCGUUGCAGAGCAGGCGCAAGAGCUGCUCUCGGAGUUCUUCCUGCUAUGGACCAAGAAUAUUGCAUUCCCAGAACUUGCGCUUCCUGUGACAGUCAUGCUGAAGAGAUGGUUGAAGGAAGUGAAUCAGCGCGGCGCUAGCAAGGGUGGCAACAAGAACCAGAAGAUCAACACGAUGAUGCAGUUACUCGUGCAAAAGCUCGAAGCCAACGCGCGCUGGAUUGAAGAGAAGAGAGCAAAGGUCGACUUUGCACCAAAUGACAGAAGAAAUGUGGACAAGUUCCUGGCAGAUGUAUCAUGGGAAAAGUCACCACUGGGCGCAUAUGUUGUUGGGCAGAGGAAGACAAGGGAGGAGAAGGCAAGACUGGUCGAGGAGUCGAGAAAAGAGGAAGAGAGGAGGCGCCAGAAAGACAAGGAUGCCAAGACUGGUGGAGACGAAGACGACGUUUCGGAGAGUGAGGAGGAAGAAGGAGACGAAGCGGCAGACGAUGAUGAGGAGUCUGAAGAGGACGAGAUAAUGCUGGACGGCGAUGACAGCGAGUAG